AUGAGAAAGAUUUGGAGUAGACGGGAUAAGGAAAAACGGAAAAGUGUUUCAGCACCCACACCUCAAUCAACGGUUGGUGAUACAUCAUUCGUGCAAAAGCCCCUCAAUCCUGAAUUCAAUGGCAGCAACACUUCACUAUCGCUGUCGGAAUUGAAUGCGGACCAAACUUUCAACUAUGAUAACGACAUUUCGUCUAUUUUGGAGGAAUCGUCAACCAAUUAUUCAUCAAUCAAUGACAACAGAUAUCCAACCAUUGGAAGUGGUCGAAAAUUUAGUACUUCUACUGGAGAUGACUCUGGUGGUGUACCUCAAAAUGCCACAAAUCUGAUUGGUACUUCCGCAAAUGCCAACCCAAGAGGAUCUGUUUCUCCUCUCGAGUACAGACACCCCGUCAAGUUUCUGGACUUGAUCAGACAGAACCACGAUAGGACGUUGGUGAAACAUAAUUGGGUCAAUAUUAUUGGAAAUAACAAUGAUGUCAAAGAGAGCAACCUAAAGCUUUAUCGUGCCGAAUUGAAAGGCUCGCAUCUAUACUUGUACAAACCGCCAUCAUCAUUGAAUGUGAAACGGUUUAGAGUAAAUGACACAUCUGUGGUGGAAGAGCUGGAGAAUGCCAAGGUGAAACACGCUGAUAUGGCUUCAGUAAACGACACUGCAAGUGACGUAUCGACAUUGAUUGCCGAUACCAAGCUGGUUGACACAAGUCGAUUCGGACAGGCUGUGACACAUUCCGGCCUCAAACACAAAUCCUCCAACAUAAGUGCAACUGAAUCUCAUUUGGGACACAAUUCCAAUUCGGAGCCACAAAAAGACACCAAGUCAGACGAUGCUGUUUCAAGGACACCCACACCUACUCCAUUACCACCGAUAUCAUACCACAAAACGGUCUUGCCUCACCCAAACCUCCGUUACAAUUUCAUGACUCACCAUUUUGAGACGCGUUUAUUUACAGCAAAUGAAAACAAUGUCGAAUCGGUAAUCCAUUUCUUUUGUUUUGUCAAUGAUUCUCGCGACGACUCAGGGGUGUACACCAUUAUCCAUACGUUGCCGAUCUUGCCAGGUUUCAGUCAUUUGUUGAGAUAUCUUGCAUUUUACCUAGGAGAGAUAUUUGACAAUAAGUUCGAAGGAGAGUUUGAUAAAAGUUUGAUAGUCGAAAGGGUUCUCGCAUUAUUGUACAGCAUUGAGCACCAUUUUGAAGGAUUUCUAUUGAAAUCAGAUACGGCUCCACAUAUCCUAAGGAUUUUGGAGUUGUUAUCGGCUCAAACUGUACACUCGGACAGGGUUUUCAGAUUCAAACAGGACAUGUUGGGAAAGCAACAGCUACUCAUUCAGUUGGUCAGUAAUGACAGUCUACCAGGAAACAUACAGCCGUUCAAAGAUUUAGACUCACAAACGUUUAUGAAGGAUAUCAAGUUGACCGAUUUUGCACAAGUUAUUAGCGAGAUUGAUUUGAAAUAUUUCUCAAGCUGGAAUUCAAACCUCGACAAGUCGUUACUUUUGUACUCUGCAAUUAAUCAGACAGACCCAACCAAGGACUCAUUCUACAAGAAGAAUCCGUUGAUAUUCAACAACAAUUACCACAUCCAUUACCUUUCACGAUUGUUGAUCAAUCAUAUAUUUAUUGAAAACGGCACUGCGUCUAGGACAAUGGCGGUCAUGGAGACUAAAGCCCGUAUACUUGAGAAGUGGAUAGACUUGGGUUGCUUGUUGGAUAAAUCAGGUAACAUGUCUUCAUGGUUGGGGAUCUCAUCCAUCAUUUUGUCGCAACCCGUGUUGCGAUUGACUAAAAUCUGGUCACUUGUAUCACCCGACUACAUCAAGUUAUUGAAGCAUGAUUGGUCCCCGGUGUUGUUUGAGUUGGACAGAAGAUAUUUAGUCAAUGACACUAAAAUGACCCGGCCACCAAGUAUCGACAAUGUAAAGACUCCCAACGUGUCCGCAAAUGAAGAUCGUGAGUUUAAUUCAAAGAAUUCAUAUCACAUAAUGGCACCACGAGGAUUGGGAAAGAUAUAUCCAAAGGAAAAAGUGAUUCCGUAUUUUGGCGACUUGGUGAUCAACAAUGAUGGCGACUGUGCAGAUGUUGACGUGUAUGAGAUGGAGUCGAUUUGGAAGAAAAUAAAUUAUUCAUUUGAUCGAUGGAAUGAGUAUUUGUCUAAUCUCUCCAAUUUCAAUGAGAUUAUCAACUACAAUGAAGAUGUAUUGAGAAGGUAUGAUACGAUGGGAUUUAUCUUUUCUAAUGAAAGCUUGAAUCAGGUAUUGUAUCUAGGAGCAAAUAAUAACAACCCAAGUGACAAUGAGAAGUUGUCUAUUCCGGAAAGGAAAUUGACCGCUGUGGAAGAUGUCCAACGGAAUGAUUUGAGAAACAAGUUGUUGCGAUUGAUUGAGUUAAACUGCGAUUCCAUGAAUUUGGAAAAAGUCAUGUCAUUGUCAAUACAAUUGGAGCCCGAUUUGCCUGAAGCUUACUUGAGCAAUCCUUUAUUGGAGAAAUCGACCUUGUCCACGACACAUAAUUUGUUAGGCUUGAAAACCGGCAAAAACGCCUCUGGUGUCUCGUUAAAUUCCGUGGACUCUUUACAUACAGCUGAUACGUCUCCCGACCAAUCUCCCACAGCAAGAAUACCCACAUUCAACAACAACUAUUUUCGUUUGAUUUUGCCCAAAUAUGAGGAGCUAAUGUCGGUUGAGGACAAACACAUUCCGCUUGAUCCCAGCGUGAACAAGCACAGUGUUGUUGUUGAUGAUGAGUUGACGUUUCGAGUGGAUGACUUUGUCGAUGAUAUGGCAGACCAAACCAGUACUGGUGGACUCAAUUCCGUAGUUGAGGAUUAUGUCGCAGGAGCUGAUGACGAAGAUGAUAUUCCCGGCUUGGGCAUUGAUGUGGAUGACAUUCUCAAUUCGGAAAAGUUUAAUAAUCUUACCAUGUCUCCUAAACCAAACAAUCCUUACAAGCAUAGACUGUUGUCGAGAAGUGGGAGUGGAUUAGAUAAUCGCAGCUCAGUGAUGUCCGAGGGAACAAGCAUUAGAAGAAUGUACAAGUUUAUCCCCAAGUAUGCAACUGUGGACAAGCUUAUAGAUUUGUUGUUAUUGGAGGGCCACUAUUUUCGCCAUGAUAUUCACAUGGACUUGACCGAGUAUCGAUUUGUGUUUUUAUUGAAUUACAAUUCAUUUAUAACGACAAAGGAGUUGUUAGAUAAACUUGCUCAUCGUUUCGUCAAUUCUGGAAAUGCUGUUUUAUCAGUCAUGAAGAAGAAUUAUUUGAUGAAAAAGAAUCAUGGGAAAAGAUCAGAAGAGACCGCCGCACUGCACUCUGAUUUGCAUAUUGAAUUCCCCAAUUGGGACUUAGAUCCAGAACUCGACCUUAAUGAGUUAGGUGAAGUUGAUUACGAGCUAUUGUUGAAGAUUCAAAUCAACAUUCUCAAAGUGUUGAUUGUUUUGAUCAACAAUUUUUAUUCCAAUUUUUCAUUAAACUUGGCUAACAAAAGCAUUCUCAUCAAGUUGUUGAAGUUGUUCAGUAACGAAAUACUACAGUGGUAUAACUCGAACAAAAUAGACGCAUCAUUAGAAAGGUCAUUUGAGAGCUUGGUGACGUAUUACAAAAAGUUGAAAAAGAUUUUCGUUAAAAAGACUUAUCGACCAAUUGAAAUUACCAAGUUUAACAAUUACUUGAUCCACGAAUUCCGUUUCAACAACUCCUUGCGUGAGGUGCCAGUGAAUCGGAAUUUACCCAGUCAUAAAAACAUUCACAAGAUCGAGAAGUUUCUCGGCAAAUUUAACAAGUUAUUAACUGUAUUUUACAGAGGCAUUAGAGCCGAGGAUUGGAUCAAGGUUUUCAAGAUUUUGGAAAAUUCAUUUGAAUUGAAUGCAUUGUUUGAUUUCAACUUGCAAAAACCAAAUGUACCUGAAGAUCAAAUGAUUGUAUCAAAUGUGUUUAAUUUUUUCGAAACUUUGGUAUCACCUAAUGAACGACAAUUGAUUUUGAAGAAAUUCCCGCUUGUGUUUCGCAAAUUGUUUAAGUUGUAUUUCCGAUUCAAGACGUACUUGUUGGUGCAAUUGACUGACGGGAACAUCACCAAUGAAGAGAGGCUUGACCGAAUGAAGACAUUGUUGAUAAUGGCAAAAGUAUCCAAGUUGAAAAUGGGCGAUAAUCAAUUUGUAUUUGAAGGAGUGGGGCACGUACCUUCAUGCAUUGAAACUGCUAUUGUGAAUGUGAUUUAUUCACCUGAAAGUAGAGCAUAUGCAAGUUUAUGGAUUAGAGCAUCAACAGUGCUCGACCACAAGCCUAAUGAGUUCAAUAGUAUUGACGAGUUGGUUCCGUCAAACGUUGGUAUAGAUGAUUUACAAUCCACCGAGCCAUUGUUGCCGUGUUUUGGAUGGGUUAUUGAAAACUUGAUCAGUAUCAAUAAGAGCCCCUCAUUCCACAACAAUCUUGUCAAUUUCAACAAGAGGUAUUUGAUUUUCAAAUUGAUUAAGGAGUUGGGAGUUGAAGAUGUUGAAGGUAGUGGCGCUGCCGUCACCGACCUGUCGGAGUUCUACACAAAUGAGUCACGCGAGUUUGAUUUCUUGUUGAAGUUGGAUGAAUCAUUGGUUGUGAAAAGGGCGACUGAAGCUAUGCAUGAACGCGAUGGAUCAACUUUCUUGAAGCAUGUGCUUGCUGAUCAACAUCAAAUCUUGGUUAUUGACAAUCACAAGAAGAACCAACGUGAUGCAAAAAGAGGCAGUGGUGGCGCCAAUGUUCAAUUACCUACAGCCCCUAGCGACAUGCAUACAAUAACUCGAAGGACAUCAAAUACAUCUUUGAGAAGACAAUCCUUGACGUAUAAAGCCAGCCCUAGUUCGAGGUUUAAACUUAGUGGCAUCUUUUCCAAGACAAAGUCAUUUUCACUACUGGGAGGAGGAGGAGGAGGUGGUGGUGGUGGAGGUGGGGUAGGAAGCAGUGGCAGCCCUGAUCCGGGUGCAAGCUCCAAUCCCAACUCGUCCUCCUUCGCCUCGACUGAGAAAUCAGUUAGUGUGAAUGAAUUGCCAGACCCUUAUUCUCACAGUGAAGGUAAGCAGAAACCAUCUAUUGUCAUUUCAUUAAAGAGUCGCAAAAUAUUUCCUGUUUAUUUGUUGCCGUAUGGGCUCAAGAUUGAUUCUGAUGCGGGUGAUGGAGGAGAAUACUUUUUACAAGCUGCUAAUGAAGAUGACUUGAAUGACUGGUUAGUCAAGCUAAAUUACGCCAAUCGUCAUUGGUUUUACUCGCGGAUAUUGAAUUUGAAAGUUACUAAUAAUCGAAACUUGGUAUUUGGUAUUCCAUUGGGGUUUGUCACAGCACGUGAACAAUCGCAAGUUCCACGCUUUUUGCAGUUAAUUUUCAAUGAGAUUGAAAAGUUUGGUAUCAAGGAUGUUGGAGUUUAUCGUAUAAGUUCGUCGAUUUCCGACUUGAAUAACUUGAAGCUGAGUAUUGAUCGCUCAGGUACUAUUGUUCCCGAGGCUAAUGAUGUGCACGUGUUGACUGGGGUUGUCAAGUCGUAUUUGCGUGAGUUGCCGGAUGCAUUGUUGACUGAUGGAGUUAUUACUAGGUUUUUCCAGAUUCAUAAAGAGAGAAGGAGUAUGAAUGAGAAGCAAACUGGGAAAAGUGACGCCAAAGAGAAGAUCAACGGAGAUGAACCUGAAAUAGAGGGUGUUGAAGAGGAUGGCGUGUAUGCAAAUGACCAGGACCAGGACUUGGCGGAGUUGAUAAAGUACAAAUCGACAUUGUAUCAACUUCUUCCUCCAGCCAAUUUAUUCACUUUGAAAGCAUUGAUUUGUCAUUUGAACAAGGUGAACCAAUUUAGUGAAUUUAACAAGAUGACAAGCUCAAAUAUUGCCACUGUUAUUGGCCCCGCAUUGACUGAAGCGUCCAACUUGGCAUUGUUGGUUAAUAAUUUUGGAUUUAUCAAUUUGGUGUUGGAGAAGUUGAUUGUUGAGUAUGAGGUGAUUUUUGAGAAUCGGUUGACAAAGUAUCAUGGUGAACAGAAAGGUGGUGAUGAAGGAACGACAGCAGGAGCGAGUAAGGAUUCUGAGCGUGAGGUGAGCGGUGGUGGUGGUGGUAGUGGUGGUGAUUCUGAUGCAAAUUCAGUUGAGCAAGAACCAUCGACUAUUCCGGGUGCUGUUGCUGCCACUGCACUUCUGGCUAUCUCGAGAGAAGAGAGAAAAGAUGACAUUUACAAAGAGCAAGAUAGAGUCAUUAGAGUUCGAAGGAGUGUUGAAUAUGGACAAUCUGAUUGA